AUGGGGGCGAGAUGGGGGGACGAGUGGGAGCAGCAGAGGCUCGACCAGGAAGCUUUCGUCGACGGCGAGUGGCCCAUCGUGUUCGGCCCGGCAAGCAACCGCUGCCUGACAGGUCCAAUCUCCUACCUAGUCUUCAAGGCCGUAGAGGCGCUGAUCGUGACAGGGAUCACGGGCUGGAGCUUGUACGACCGCUUCGUUACUAUGGACUGCGGUGACAAGUACCUCAUCUACCUCACCCAUUGGUCAUUGUUGCUUCAGGUGUACUACGUCUGGAUAUCCCUCUGGGCAGCGUGCCGCAUCUCAUCGCCUAGGGGAGGCUACGAGCCCAUGCCGAUGACUGUCGGCGCUGCUUGGGUGCUCGCCGACAUCUCCUUGCUGCUCUCCUUGUUUGUUUGCGUGUUUUACUGGCUGCUGAUAUUCCCCCACCAGCUCGCCAUGCCAACCACGCUGACGUACCUGACUCAUGGCGCAAACUUUCUCAUCAUGUUGCUGGACACUGUGAUCUCGAGAACGCCACACCAUCUACUGCACGCGGUGUAUUUCGCUGGUGUUUGCGCCUCGUACGUACUGUUCUCGCUUUUUUAUUGGGUGUUCGACGGGAGAGACUGCAGCAACAAUCGCUUCGUCAUGAAGGCGCUCGACUGGAACGAGUGGGAUUCGUGGAGCACGAUCCGUGGCCUUCUUUUGUUCCUCACUUUUCCCAUGGCUUGCAUAGUCUUCUUCUACCUCUACGCGAUGCUCGUUCUGUCGCCUCAGCGCCAGGCGGCGGCCAAAGACUCCUGGAUGCCGGUACGCCGCCAUGCCAACGGGCAGCGCAGCUUGAGCUGCGGGCCCGGCUCCAAGCGGGCGGGUGCCGGGGUGUUGCUCCCCACCCCUCGGAGCGCCACCCUGGGGCGCCCAGCUCCCCGGCACAUCACGACCGCAGCACCAUCCAGCGCCGAAGGCGACGGCGUGCAGCUCGCCGGCGGCGGCUCGGCGUGCCGGGCGAGGCAGCAGCCGCACUCCGCGCGGCGCAGUCCGCAGCUGGGCUGGGCGGGUCCCCCUGGCAGUGCGCUCCGGCGCGAGAGGGCCCCACGGCCGCGCCGCGCCCUCCCGGCGCCCGACGGCUGCGGCGCCGGCGGCUCCUGCGACUUCGCGGGCGUGCUCGCCGGGCUGCUGGCGCUGCUGUCGGCGGCGCCCGCCGCGGCGUAUGAGCGCCUGAGCGCUUUGCAGAGACUUCUGAGCGACUGGGCGCGGGCGCGGGCGACGCGGAGGCGGCGGGCGGCCCGGCCGCGCGAGGCGGAGGGGCGCGCGCCCGCGGAGGAGGGCCCCGCGGCCAAGCGGGCGGCGCCGCGCGCGCCGAGCUCGAAGGUGGAGCGGGGCGGCCGUGGCGGCGGCGGGGGGCCACCCGCGCCCUCCCGCGCGGUGCCCCCUGGCCCAGGGCGCCCCCAGGCGGUGGCCGCCACCCUUGCCCGCGGCGGCGGCGCAGCCGCCCGCGGCGCGAGGCAGCCCCGGGCGGCCGCGCUCGCGCCCGAGCCCGGGGGGGCCCCGGACAGCCGAGGCGCGCCGCCGCCCGUGCUCGACCCCGGCCGGCGCUCGCUGGUCUUCGAGUGGCUGGAAGGCGGCAGCUGCAUCCUCGACCUACCGCUGGACGGCGGGGGCACCCUGCGGGUCACCCGGCACGUCGCCUCCCAGGACGACGCGCCGCCCGGGCGUUCCCAGGAGUGGCGGGUGCUGCGCUUCAGGUCGGAGAGCGGCUUGGGCAGCGCGCUCGUGCAGUCGGUCAACAAGGUCUUCGUCGGUGAGGACCUUGGCGCAACCAGCGAGGCCUCGCGCUGGGACUGCUUGGCACUGACGUACACGAAGGUCUACGUCUCUGUGGUGCUGGCAGCGCUCGCCGCCGUGGGCGCCUCUGCGCGCCCCGCCCGCAUCCUCUGCAUCGGGCUCGGCGGCGGCUCGGUGCCGCUGUUCCUGAGCCGCGCGCUGCCGGACAGCCUCAUCGAGGUCGUGGAGCUGCAGCCGGCGGUGGUCAAGGCCGCGGUGGAGGCGCUCGGCUUCGUGCCCGGCCCGCGGCUGACCGUGGCCGUGGAGGACGGGGCGGCCUUCGCGCUGCGUGCCGCGGAGCGGGUGGCCUCCGGCGAAGGCGAGGGCUACGACGCGGUGCUCGUCGAUGCCUACACCUCCGACGGCGAGGUGCCAGCGCCGCUGUGUGAGCCAGAUGGCCCGCUGGCGAGGGCGCUGGCCAUGGGCCUGCUGCGGGACACCGGCGCGCUUGUCGCCAGCAACCUCCUGGCAACGAAGGACUGGCAUGUGCUCGCUGCGCAGCCGGACAGGGCGUCGAAGAAGCCGAGUGUGUCGGAGUUGCGGCGGAUCUCGAGGCGGUCGAGGUUCGAGGAGCUGAACCGCCCUCGACCUGCACCGUCCGCACCUUCUGCGCGCCAGGAUGCCGCACCCGUCCUCGAGGCCUACGACGGGGCGCUGCAGCAGAGGGGCGCCGGGGUUGCCUUCACCGUCCAGCCGUCUGCCGAGAACAACCAGAUCGCCCUGCGCACGUGCGGCGCCGCCGCCGGCUUCGAGCCGCUGGCCCCGACCGGUGCGGCCGCCGAGUGGGCGCUGCCAGCGCUGCUGAGGGCGAGGCUGGAGGCCGCGGCGCUGCAGGUUGAGAAGAGCGUCCCGUGCCCUUUCAGCAUGCGCGAGCUGGCCGCCGGCGGGCUGAGAGUAUACCCGCGGGCGCGGGACGGGGCCGGCGCUGAGCCGCGGAAGGAGUUCGAC